CUUGGCCUCACUAACCAAACCAUCCCAGCAUACCUCGCGUGUGUCCAACGGCUUUUGACCGUAUGCUCAUUGAAAUAUUGUGCAGGCCUAUUUUACAUUAUUGGGGGAAUAUCUGGACCGGAUCAUAUUGAACAACUGUACAAUUACUGUGCAAAGCAGUUUAUAUAGCUACAGCACACGUUAGCACGGAGCGUAGACUGAAAAGGGGUACCUGCUGUAGCUAGCUAGCUAGUAAGUGAGUUCGAGACUAACUUGGCUAGCGAACCGGUGAGGCAGCUAGCUAGCUACGGAACCGGACAAGACUUCUAGCUAGCUAAUCAUGGAGCUGGAGUCGGGAAGAACUGAACUUGGAGCUAUGGGAGACUCGCUUCAAACUCAAAUGCCAAGUCGACACGAGAAGAGUUUAGGACUGCUUACAACCAAAUUUGUAACUUUGCUACAAGAGGCCCAGGAUGGAGUUCUAGACCUGAAAGCAGCAGCAGAUACCUUGGCUGUGCGACAAAAGCGUCGUAUCUACGACAUCACCAAUGUGCUCGAGGGUAUUGGACUGAUCGAGAAGAAGUCCAAGAACAGUAUUCAGUGGAAGGGGGUUGGUCCUGGAUGCAACACACGGGAAAUAGCCGACAAGCUCAUCGACCUGAAGGCGGAGCUGGAUGAUCUGGACAAGCGGGAGCAUGAGUUGGAUCAACAGAGGGUCUGGGUCCUGCAGAGCAUUAAGAACGUGACGGACGAUUCGCAGAACAGCCCUAUGGCGUAUGUAAAACACGAAGACCUCUGCUGUGCAUUCAAAGGGGACACACUCCUAGCGAUCCGUGCCCCCACCGGCACUCAGCUGGAGGUGCCCUUACCGGAGCCUGUACUGAAUGGACAGAAGAGGUAUCAGGUCCGUCUCAAGAGUUCAGCGGGACCUAUUGAGGUUCUCCUGGUCAACAAGGACCCGUCGAGCCCCUCUCCUGUGGUACUGCCCGUCCCCCCCCCAGAGGACAUGCUCCAUAGCCUGCCUGUACCUGCUGCUGACACCCCAAAGCCAGCCCCCGCUGCCCCCAGGCCCCUGGCGCCUUCCUCCAAUGCUGGUCCUGCUACACUCUCACCAGCCUGCACAGCUACUACCCCCCAGGCGGUCUCUAACGCAGUGUUCAGCAGCAACACAAGCACACCGGACCUUUCCACGCCCACUACAAACACGACUACUGAAGCAACACCCACAUUGGACACCCAGACCCUCGAGUCUUCUGCGUCAUUGGAUGGCUUUUUGGCAGUCUUUGAACCAAUCAAGACAGACUCCUGUGAACUGCUGGAUUUCCCCAAAGAAAUGUCUGAUAUGUUUGACCCUAAAGAGAUCAUGAAUGCAGACCUGUUGGAGGAGUUGAUGUCUUCUGAGGUAUUCUCUCCGCUCCUCCGCCUGUCUCCGCCUCCGGGUGACCACGACUACAACUACAACCUUGAUGAAACCGAAGGCCUGUGUGACCUCUUCGAUGUCCCUAUUCUUAACCUUUGACCUUUAGGCCGAGUUCCCAAUAGUGCAUUAUAUGUAAGAAUCUGAGAACAUACCCUUUUCUAUGGAGAUAACUAAACUAAUGAGUAAUUCUAUUUUUUUUGGAUGCCUUUGUAUCUGUGCAAACACUUGUUUUGAUGUCAGACCCCCCCCCCCCCAACUGUUCCCCUAAACAUUGGAAGGAAAUGUUGUAGGGUGCAGUGGCUCCAUGUCAGAUGGGGAGACGAAGAAAGAUUGUCCUCUGAACUGAUCUCUCAGGUGAAAUGUCUCUAAUUCAUGCUGAGCUGUGAUUUUAAGUCCUCUCGUCCGUCCACGUUCGAAAACGUGUCUCACACCCUGGCAACAGUUUGGAACGGACUCUGAUCGUCAUCGACACCCUGUCAACAGGCUUAGAGACACCAAAGGCAGCUGCACACACUCGGGACUGUACGCAUGAACGUGGACGCACACAGCUAAUCAAAUAUGCACUGUCGUUCUGUAUAUAGAAAAUAAAUAUAUUUUGUAUUACCAGCAUUUGUGAAGUUAAAUGUGUGAUGAACCAUGUAUGUAAUACAGUGAGGCGGCAGUUCACCAGAAUGGCAGAUUGAAGACCCAACGUUUAGAAAGGUUUUAGGUGUAGGGCUUUAGAUUGUGGCCUCCGUGCCAUAUUCUGUCAUCAGGUUUUAUUUCUUAUCCUUUUAGCUCACUUCACAACGUUGUCUUGUUUUGGUCUAUUACAUUUGUAAUUGAAUGACUACAUUCUAUUCAGUUUAUAUGAGUGUACCUAGAAUAAAUUGUUUAAUGUAUAUUUUUGUUACAGAUACAAUCACUAGUUCCUAUGAAGUAUGCUAGCGCUAUUGUCCUAGUAGCUGUGGCCCUCUUGUCUGUGCCCAUUAGAAACAGGUUCUGAAUGUACUUUAUGAAAAUAACAAUUUUCUCUGUGUGAGAGUAUUUGUUUUUAAGUUCGCCCUGUCCAUUCUUGUUUUCUUUUGUUCCCUUGUACUAUAGAAUAGCAUUUAUUUUUUUAUGGCUGUCAUGUUACCAAUUUGGGAUUUAGGUGUAUAAAAUAUAUUCACAAAUGAUCAUCUGUAUCAAACUGUUCUCGCGUCAUUGCACUUUACACCACUCCAACCAGGUUGGAUAGCGCCACCCUUCUGGGUUGUGGGGGAUGUGGUCAGUUCUCUGAAGCCUUUCGUUGUCCGGGGAAUUCAGACAUGGUCUGCUUACAUGUAACAUUGGAUAUGUGUUUGGAGGCUCAGAGGAUCUACGGUGUCAUAGCAUUUGUAAUAAUAGUUUCAUGAUGACUUAACUAUUGCAUCACCAAUGAAAGGAAUUAAACAAAACCUGUUUUUACU